AUGGCCUCCGAUUCAGUAAUAUACGACAAGUAUGAAGACCUAUCAUAUUAUCAACCUCCUCAAAAGCAAUACCAAUCUCUGGAGUUGUCAUCCGAGAGAGCAAGCCUUGACUCGGGGCUCAGUUCAGGAGGUAGCCAGUCCUUUCAAGGUGCUGCAAGUCAAGAAUUUGGAGCUAGUGUAAGGAAUGAACACAAGCUACCCUAUCCUACCCUGGAAUUGAAUACUAUAAGUCCCGUUCCAGAAUCACCUGAAGCAGAAGCGGGAAAAAGGGGCGAAUCGUCGUCUCCUUCAAAGUCUUUCACAAAUAGUCUCACAUCAAAUGCCAUAGGAUCCAUUAUAGGGAGCUACAAUUACAGUAAAAGCUCCUUGAAUCUGGGAAGAAAGUCUACAACCCCUGAAUUGAUAAAGCAAAUUUCAAGUGAGUCACAUACACGAGUUGGUCUGGAUAGUCGUUCAACUCUGUCUCAUCGUCGACAAGACUCCGAUACCUCCACAUUGUCAAACCAGUCUUCAAAUGAACAACAAAAUAAGAACAAGAGAUUUGUCAGAUACGCAAUGAAUACGCAAGCACACUCUGUCAAUGCGUCUAAAAAAUGGGAUAUCGAUAGUGUACUAAAGUGGUUAAAGGACCAUCAAUUCAAUAGCUCAUGGCAAGACACAUUUAAAAAUAAUGAGAUUUCGGGAAACCGGUUCUUGGAAUUGGAAAAUUUUGACAAAAAUUCGAUGAUUUGGAAACAAUUUUCAAAGUACUUGAAGCUUGAUUCUAAUCUAAAUUCGAUCGAGAGGUUCAUUGAGCUUCUACGAGGCGAAACCAAAAAGGAAUCGGGAGAUAAGGACAACAACUUACUACCGGCAAACAUCAAGUAUGAGCACAGAAAAUCAACUCCAGUGUUUUCAAAACACAAGUCAAGCUCCUCUAUGUCUUCCACAAACUCUGCUUCUUCGAUGCAGAGGCCAAACUCAUACAUAGAUAUCAAACAAAAGGACCAACUUCCAGCAGCAGGAUCCCAUCUGUUUUUCCGUCGAAACAGAAGUGGAUCAAAUGAAGGUGAAGCAAAAAGAAAAAGUCAAUUGUAUGACGACAACAAAAGGCAAUCAAAGUUGGACUUUAAAAAAAGUGGGGGAAUUCUCAAUACAAUUAGGAAAUAUGGUGGUGAUAAAGCAGUUGGGAUUGUGAAAGCUUCGACAGGGCGACCAAGCAACCGAAACAGCACCGUGCUGUCGUACUCGAAUCAUCUGCCUGUACAGGAGUAUGAAAAUGAAUCGUCUGCUUUGGCACUCCCAAGACAGAUGACAAGAAGAUCAAUUGAUAGCGCAAAUUCUGCGAGCUCGGUGCCCUCGUUUAGGAUUGAGAAAUCCACUGAGAUACCGUCUCCUUUGGACGCAAUUUAUAUGCCCAAGAGUUUUCUGCGAGAGGCUACAAAGACCAUCUUGGUUAGCAAUGACAACAGAUCUUUUGUCCCGUUUUCGGUCUCCCAUGAUGAGCUGUAUGAUAUUCAAACUGUCAAGCUGAAGAUGAUCUUGCAUUUGGGCAUGGUUGAUAUAGGCACUAUUACCAUACACUUGACUGACUUUAACGCAACUGAGGGAGAUGCCUUGCCUGAUACUUUGAUAUCGAAAAUUCUUCAGCAAGAUUCGUUGGUGAAAUUUGUCAUUAGGCAAUGCAUAGACUCUCCAGGCGGCACUUUGAAAACUAUGUCAACUGUGUCGUCAGAUUCUAAAUCGUUUGAAACUAGUGAUGAGUAUAGAACAUACCCAGCAACCCCGCAGUAUUUAUUGCAAAACCUUAAUAACACCAAUGUUGAUUAUUGGAACUUCAAGGAGCAGACUAAUUUAUCCAAGAUUUCAGAGAAUCCGAAAAAGGUUUCAAAAGGGACGCAAACAGAUGCUUCAAUAUCAAUACGAAUUAGUGAACCUGAGCCUCUGCCACAUGAUUUGACCCGAAGUUUUGACCAUCCAAGACAACAAAAGCCUCACAAUCACAACUUUCCCUUGAAAUUCCCUUUCCUGGCUAAUGGUAAGAAAAAAACACCCUUGCUUCAAAUUGACACUUCGGGUUUCAUUAGCCUGAGAAACUCUUCAUUGUCUCCUGAGUCUGCAGGGUCUUCCUUUAAAGUGAUUAGGAAAGCUGGCAAUGAAAUCAAUUUUGAUGAAAGGCGAAAAUCACCUUUCGAAAAGAAAGCACCGAAACUAAUUGCCAACAUAUAUGAAUCAUCGCUAUCAGAUUUCAAGAGUUCACCUAUUUCAGCAACCACUGUAAUGGCAUUAAGGGAUGAUCCGAAGGAUUCGAAAUUGAAGAAAAGUACUAGCCAGAGAAGUGAUUUAAGGACAACAGAUUCAAUAAAGGCACGAAGAGCAGCCCCUCCCCCUCCAGUCGAUCGCCGUACUCAAAUACAAAGGCAGCAUCCUGCUUUGUUUAACAUUCAAAGCAUGCACUCGCCCACUGGCUCUUUCGCUAGUCGAGAUUCCAAUGGGGAUAGUGACGAUGAUUUUUUUGUUAAGCCAAUGAACAGGAUAGACGUUUCAACUGAUCAGUCAAUUGAUCUCAGCUAUUCAGCAUCAACGCGUUCAGGCACUGACUCUGAAAGUGAUUUUUUUGUAAAGCCAAUGGCACAAAAGACGCUACAGAUGACUGUUCGACCCCCAGUAGAGGAGUUGUAUGACAAUUUGGAAAAAUACUUUCCUCAUACAAAUCUUGACAAACCAAUAAUCGAUGAUGAAUUGCCGGUGCAGCCUAUAAAGGAAAAGAAGCCUUCGAUUUCGCGUACUUUUUCUAAUGCCAAUAUUUCUCCCGUGAAUCCUCAGCAAGCAGAGUCGGCGAAUAAUAGCCAACGGAUCCGAAGAAUGAAGACUAUUAGAGGUGUGGCCAAUGAGGCACGCCGUAAAGCUUUAAGGCGGAAGCAGCAAUCGCCGCCAAUUACGUUUGCCAACAUCUCGCGAGAGAAUAGUAAAAAGUUGGCGAGAUCAAACACCAAGAUGUGGGGACAAAAAGUGUUUGAGGUUACAAGCAGUGAGAUUGAACGUGGAGUUGUAAACAAGUUUCAGAAUAAAGAUGGUCACUAUCAGGAAUUUGCUUGGAUUAAAGGUGAAUUGAUAGGACGAGGCUCCUUUGGUGAUGUGUACUUGGGCUUGAAUGUGACCACUGGAGAGAUGCUCGCGGUAAAGCAAGUAGUUAGAAGCAAUAAACUUGAUCUUGAAGGUAUACUGGCGUUGCAUAAGGAGGUUGAGACUAUGAAGGAUUUAGACCACAAGCAUAUUGUUCAGUACCUCGGCUAUGAGAGAAAGGACAAGACGUACAGUUUAUUUUUGGAGUAUGUUGCCGGAGGUUCUAUUGCUAUGUGUCUCAAAUCGUAUGGUAAAUUUGAUGAAACUUUGAUCAGAAUAAUCACCAAACAGGUUUUGCUAGGCUUGGAGUAUCUACACUCGAAUAACAUCAUUCACCGAGACUUGAAGGCUGACAAUUUGUUGUUGGAUAUUGAUGGUACUUGCAAGAUAUCUGAUUUUGGUAUAUCUCGCAAAAAUAACGACAUCUACAGUAAUGCCAACAUGUCUAUGAAAGGAACUAUUUUUUGGAUGGCACCCGAGGUUAUUGAUAACAUGGUGGAGGGUUAUAGUGCCAAAGUUGAUAUAUGGUCCUUGGGGUGUGUUGUUUUAGAAAUGUUUGCCGGAAAACGGCCGUGGUCAAACGAAGCGGCAAUCAGUGUCAUUUAUAAAGCGGGCAAGGAAAAGAAAGCGCCACCAAUUCCUAAAGACAUCGCUCAUUUGGUCAGCAAAGAGGCUGAAAAUUUUAUCAACAGAUGUUUUGCCAUAGAUCCUGCUUUAAGACCAACUGCAGAAGAGUUGCUAAAUGACCCAUUUGUCACCACCACGAGAGAGUUUAAUUUCGAAUCGACAGAGUUGGGCAGACUUAUCAAGUUCAAUAGCAAAGUAUAUCCUUCGUAA